AUGGGCACCAAAGGUGUUGAAAUGUCCAUCUGGAACAAUCUCAAUCGGUCUGAAAAAUUGAAGAAGUCGGCCAGUCUUUCACCUGUCAAAUCAGGUCCUGAGACUUUUGACUACGAAAAACAGUCACCCAAGAAACCCUCAACCUCAAAGGGUUUUAUACAUCGAAAUGCAUGCAUGGUAUUGAUACUGCUUUUAAUGAGCUUAUGUUUCUAUUCAACCCCAAUUGAAUCUAUGCUGAAACUUUGCCGCGGAGUUGAUGUAUCGCGGGUUUCGAGUGGUUCCUCAUCGCCAGCCCAGGUACAAGAGUCGUUUGAGAUAACCGUUGAGCAAUUGCCGGAAGAGCCUCCCGUUUUCUCCCAACGGCUUCUACAACAUUCUUUUGCAGACUCAUGGGGCAAACCGGUCACAAAAAGCUUCACUCCAUUCGCCGAAUCAGACUACGAUAGUAUAGUCCUGGAACUCACCACCAACGUUUCCGGACGACAGUAUGACCGCUUGCUUCACGUCUUCAUCGGAGACGUGAACGUAUGGAGAUCGUCUACUGUAAGACCCUGGGGCAACAAGGCCAUUCUCAGCCAUUCCAUUAAAGACAUCUCGCCCUACAAAUCACUUUUCAAAGACGGACAGCUUAAUGUAACCGUGCAGUUGGACAAUCUGGUGACCAACAAACUGACCGGAAUUUUCAAUGUGACCUUGGACGUGUACUAUUACUCAAAAAAGGAUCAAGGCGCCACUAAAAAUACAGAAACACUACGUGGAAAGCUCCUCGACCUUUUCACUGCGCCCGCAAAUAUCGUUACGCCCUUGGUCUCUAAAUUCUCCAGAACUCCCCUUUUCUACUACCCAUUGGCUUCAAAAGAGAAUCCACGCUGGUCUCGUGGCCUUCCCGAAAUAGAGCAAAAUACCAACAUCUCUAGAGCUAUGGUCGAAAUUUUUGCAUCUGGAAAUGCAGCGGAAGAGGAAUGGUAUACCAACGUAUUAGACAAAUACAUCACAAAAUUUCGCCAAUCUGGACAUGAGCUUCUGGGCCAUGGCCCUUUCCGCGCUAUCAAUGUUUUUUUGACGAACUCGGAAACAGAGAUUUUAGUUGACACUGUGAUACCCACUCCCGUUAUUUUUCCGGGCUUCUUUCCACCGUUAUGGCAACCAUGUGUGGGAAUGAAUGCUUUUAAUAUCAAAAGUUUCAAAAUAGACCUAACGCCUUUCCUAUCUCUCUUCGAAAACGGUACGUGGGAAAUGCAGCUAGAGGUUGUUAGCAGCCUGGGUUCUAGCUUUAAGAGCACUGUGGGUGAAAAUUGGAUAUUUUCGGGCAAUAUACAUGUUUGGAACGAGAGUAAACAUAUAAGUGGAUCAAAGUUUCUCAACUCGACGAUCGUUGAACCCGUUUUCCGGACAAAUGUGAAUGAUAGCCUUUCAGAUGAGCUAAGGCAAAUUGUUUUUGCCAGGAAUGGAGUCAACAUCAACAGUAUCAUGACGAUAGACAACACCGAUUAUCAAGUGCAAGGCGUGUCCGAAAGCUCAUUGGCCAGUAAUCAAACAUACUUAAAGAGUGCUGAUGAGGAGCGGGCUGCUGUGGACCUUUUGACAAGGCGCUCAAUUUUGAUAUCAAAAGAUGGGAAAGAUCUUUUCAAAUUUUUCGAUGAAACCGGAUGGCUUCUAGAUGCCGAACUUGAUAACAUCUCACAGGAGAAGUCCUCUUUGACUUAUUCAGGUAGGGUGAGUCGAGAUUUAAAUCGUUACGUUGGGCUACACGAGCUUGGAUUAAACGGCUCUACUGAUGUGUUGCUAUCUUUACAUGGUACCCAAUCAGGGAAUGCCACCUACGUCGCUUCUCCGGAUAGGACUGAGGGGUCUGGAGAUAGUAUACAUUCUGUUCAUUUCGAGCACGGCUGGCCAUUCGAAAACAGUUUCAAUCGUACUGUGACUGUGAAGAAGAACGUGGUCGUGAGUGACAUUAUAAACUAG